AUGCCGACGCUGCCGCCCCCCACGACGCCUCCGUAUCGGUCGGAGAGCAGAUCCUCGACCUUACAGGGCAAUGCGCCAGUCAGAUCGGAGAGCCGGUCGUCAACGCUGCGAGGCGUCGCUGCAGAGACCGAGGCCAACUCCUCGUCUAUGUCCUUCUUUCCGAGGAGGUCGAAAUCAAAGCCAGACAGUAGCGGCUCUCCUCCGGGCUCGAAGUCCGAGUCUGGCUCGCGAGCCACGUCCAAGACUGCGGAGCGGCGGCGGACCCGCUCCAAGACGGACGAGGCCUCAGCCGUAUCUCGUGGCGAUGACUUGGAGGAUGACUUGCAUGUGGCGAAGAUCCCGAGCAUGUCGAGUUUCGGCCCGCGACCAUCGGCUCCUUCUGCGAAGCAGACGCAGGAGGGCCUGGGAGAGACCGGGUUCGGCGCUCGCAGUUUCGGCGAGAUGAUCUCGCCGACUCUGUCGGAUAAUUUCCGAUUGGUCCGAGGGAAAAGCGAGGCGUCUGGGACGAAGUCGCUGAGGUCGAUGAUGAUGACUUCCAAAUCGGAGUCCGAGAUCGACCCCUUCGAUCCGACGCGACCGGAUCCGGGCUACUUCGACCUCAACCGCUCCGGGGUGAUUCCGACCGCCAUCUUUGCGGGUGUAUGGACAACAGCUGCUUCCGUCGUUCUCUUCGCAAUGGUCUAUAUUUACAGGUUUCAGGAGGUCUUGAAGAGUUACCAAGUGGCUGAGGAGGCCGCUCUCGCACAUGCGCAGCUCCAGGCAGCUGAUCUCCUGCUCCCGGCGAUCGCCGCAGUGGAUUCCAUCCGGGCCGCCAUGUCUGGCGGUGUGCUUCGUGACCUCUCGGAAUACGACACCAUCCACCGACUGCUGCAGCCCCACUUCCGAGGGCGCGGGAUCCUCGAGGAGAUCGAGCUGGCGGCGCCACCGACCGAGACGCCUGGAUCAGUGCUCCUCAAGCGCAUAUCGCCGGACGGGGACAUCGCAGUCUUGACGGACAGAGAAGAUUGCCACCUCGUUGCUGGUAUGCGCGGCUGCGCUGCUGCAGCGCUGUCGGCCGCCACAGGCGACUGGUACAAAGAUGGCUUUGGCAUCGACAAGCCUUGGUCCUACGUGCCUCCGGACCAGUUCUGGCGGGGUCCUCUCUUCAUUCGGGACAGUAAAGACCUUGCGGUCUGCCCCACACUCUGCUGGAAGCCUGCCUACAUGUUCGUCAAACGUGCAAGGGCGGGCGGCGGCCCUCAGACGGUCAUCACGUACCACGAUGGCAUUCCAGAGCCGGCUGAGGAGCCAGCGUCCAAUGCCACCACGGACUUGACGGAAGUCCUCGUGCGGGUGGUGAUGUCAUCUGCCAUCUUCCAGGACCUUGUGGAAUCGGCCGCUGCCCUGAGUCGCGGAGAGGCGAUCCUGGCGACCAGCAAUGGUGACGUAAUCGCAUCAGCGGACAUGGCAUCCGCCGUUAAGAUUGACAUGGACACUGGCAACCUCGUCGUGGGAAAAGUUCAGGAAGCCUCGACCAACUGGGCACGCGACAUCAGCGAAGAGCUAGCGGCCAGGUACGCCUUCAUUCAUUGGUCUUGGGGUGCCAGGUCCAUUCGAGUGCUUGGUUCGCUUCAGUAG